AUGAUUCAAGGCAUUUUUUAUGCAAGAUUCUUUCCCCAGGAAGGUCCCAAAAUUGUAGCCCAAUCUCCUCCAGGAUGCAUCACCCCCUCUGAGACGAGCCUCAUCACACGCCAACCCCUCAUCGACUUCGACGUCCUCCACGAGUACAUCAUCCCUCGACAGGCCUUUUGCAACCGCUACGUGACCAUCAACUCCCCGGAUGGCAAGUACACCGUGCUCGGCUAUCCCGUUGUCAUCGCCCACGCCAAGUACCUCCGCAACGAGUUCAUUUUCAACUUUGGCAUCCUCAUCGACGCCGACGUCGACCAGACGCCUUAUGAGGGCGUUGUGAGAUACCUCGCCGCCACUUUCUCUGAGAUGGAGAAGCAGAAUGAGUAUCUCAGCCUGGGCGAGGGAGAUGGGCUCAAAGAUCUUGAGACAAGAAGACCUAUUGAGAGUUUGUUGGAGAUUGUCAAGGAGGACUUGAACAAUUACGGCGAAUGCAUGAUCCCGGUCGACGAAGCAAACACCAUCAACUUGAAGCUCUUCCCUCAUCACCACACGCCGACCACCGUCAAGGGCUGGCACGUCCCCGUCGCCAAAGUCAAGUUCUCAGAAAUCGUCGACCCAACAUGGGACCUCACUCUCCAAAAAGUGGUUGCCAAAAUCGACGGCGUCACGGAUGUGCGUCGCAUCGCACACGCCGCUUCCGUCUCAUUGGAUCUCGCCAAAUCAGCUCUCCGCCACCUCCUCUACUACGACACCAUUCUUCUCAUCGACAUAUUCUUCUUCAGCUCCUGCUACGCCCCGCGGCCCGGCAUCCACGAUUUCGUCCGCAAUGAAGACGGAAUUGUGGACGAGUGCGCAGGCUACGUCUCCCACGGGCGCGGCAGGGUCAGCAACUACCACCUUAUCAAACUCAUGUCCACCUUUGCGCCUAGUAAGAGCGUAAAGGAGUGGAUCAUGAGUAGCCAAGAAGCUGGCUUUGAUGUGUUAAACUACGUUGAUGUCCGGCGGUUCGUGCAGUUUGGUAUUAUAAAGGGGUGCUUGUACCGGGUGCACAAGUAUGUCCUUUCAAAGCAGUAUCUCGCUGCGCUGGCGUCGGGCGAGAGUCGACCUGUACCUGGAGGGGAUCCGUUGCAAAAGUAUACCGACGGCAGCCAUCAUUUUGACCAAAUCAUUACUGAGCAGAAUCUGACGAAUGAUGAGAUCGUGGAUAAGUUGAAGACAUUACCUGUUCCAAAGGGCGAUCUUACGGUGCUGUAUAGAUGA